AUGCCCGACGCAGACGCUUUUGCCCCUACUCUCACCCCAGCGGAACAUCGAGUCGCCGAUAACUAUGGCAACUGGUUCGAAUUCAUGCAAUCAUUCGGUCUCAAACCCUCAAUAACGGCUGAUGUUGAGAGCGCGCUCGAGAUCAUCCGAAUACUUGCGCUCAGUUCGUCUACAAGUCUCCCUGAAACGACAACAAAGACGCCCAGAAAAGGACCAGAGAGUGCCCAAAAGGAGAUUUCUGAUGAAGAACAAAUGCGCUCAGCCGUUGCGAAGAUAAAUGAGGCUCUGAGCAAACUGGAUAUCCUCGAAGGAAGCGAUGCGAAAGACAUCAAAUUUGGGAAGGAAGCAUCCGCCUAUAUCUCUGCCGUUUACCAACGUCCGUAG